AUGGAAGCACCACAUCAAACCAUUCAAUUCAAGGGCAGCUGUGCCUGUGGAAGAAUAGUGUACGAGUGUUCCGGACUACCCAGCAAUCGCAAAUCUACAGCUUGUCACUGCGUAACUUGCAGAAAGCUCUCAGGUGGACCAUUUCAAGCGUUUGCAGAUGUCACGUCCAACUCGUUGACGUUUUUCGAUACCAAAGAAGACCGGCGAUAUGAAGUUAGCGAUCGAGCCUUCUGUUCAUCUUGCUACACACCUUUGUGGAUGCGAUAUGAGCAUAAGGCGGGCGUUGUCGCCUUGGCACUGGGAGCUAUCGAUGAAGGAUCAAUGACGGAUGAGGCUCGAGAUGCCUUUCGUUUAUCCGCCCAUAUCUUUGUGAGCCAAAAGGCUUGGUGGUGCGAUGUGGAGAGAGAUGGUGUGCCUUUGUACGAUCGUUUUUCAAAAGAUUUUGGGGCGAAGUUGUGA